AUGUCCUCGAACGACGAUCAUCUGAUAAGUGAGACGUCUUUCAGCGUUCCGCUCAUCUUUUCAUUCUUCUAGAAUGUGCUCCAUAUGGAGUCAUCAGACAUGCGUUCGCCAUUAAACGAGAGACGUUGAUUAACUGCCAUAAACUAGGACCAAAAUGGAUGACUGGAAACGUCUUCUGGUGAGUGACCAGUGGGACACGAUCAAAAAGAAACACAUUGUUUUGAGGACGUCUACUUGGCACACCACUUAUAGUAAUGGUGUACAGCAAUUAUCUUUUUUUGUGCAUUGCGAUUGUGUUGAAGAAGGUCUUGAUGAUUGGGAUGUUAGAGGCUCGCUUCAAUCUUGUAUUGUGAAUCAUCUGGAUAAGGACAACUCGUACGCUCAGUGCUACAUUUCUAACUUCAAUGUCUCGAGACCGGGGAGGAGUUUUUAUGCGUGCAACAUUGCUGACAUAUCAGAUGAUGAACGCGGAUUUCUAAAAGAUGACGAGCUGAUCGUUGAAUUGGAGAUUCGAGUGACUGAGGUCAAAGGAGUCAACAUUGCGCGGAUCUUCAACUUGACCGAUGUCACUCCGCACACUGUUUCCCUCAAUAUUGGAACGGUGCAAUUGAAUGUGAAUGCGCGGGUGAGUUGCGAAAAGCUAUCAGAUAGUUGCCGAGAAUCAGAACGUCCAGCUCAUCGCCUUCCACUCUCCAUACUUUGCCAAUCUCCUCGAUGCCGAUUAUGACGAUUCGUUUUACGAACUGUCUGCAGAGAAGACUGAACUUUUAAUUCAAUGUGCUCUAGGAGCACGUCCCAAACAACUUGCUUUUUACAAUCCACUUGGACUCAUCGUCGAACCUGCUCACAAGUUCAAGUUAUUCAAUGUGGUGCGUAGAUGCGAAGAAUGGCUUCUCUUCGAAACACUUUCCAAUUCCUGGCUUGACUAUGCGGUGAAGUAUGAUAUGAGAAGACUUUUCGUGCGUUUCUUGAUAGCACUUUGACACUUUUGACGCCUAUUUCUUUCAGUGCAAACUCAUGUCCAAAUGGAGUUCGAAGGAAAAACGGCAAGAGGGGAAGACGGUGUUGAGAGCGAUUAACGUCGAGAAGAUGUCACUGGAGAUUAAGAGAGCGUUCGUUAAAAAUGUGUUUGAACAUGUCUAG